AUGGCGGGAACGACCGCGGAGGAUGAGGAUCGGGAUCGACGGCCGAGAAAGUCGCCGUUCCAGAAGCUCAGACGCGAGCAGCGGUCGCUGCUGUGCUUCGUACAGGCUCUCGUGGGGCACCUCGUGGUGAUUGAGACGAGGGACGACGUGACCACGCGCGGGACCUUGGUGGAGGUGGACGAGCGGAUGAACUGCACGCUCGAGGGCGCGCAGCGGGUGACGGUGGAGCAGGCGCUGGAGAAGAAAAACAGCAAGUUCGACAGGAUGUUCGUGAGGGCGCGGCUCAUACGUUACGUGCACGUCCCCGCGCGCGUCGAUCCGGCCGAGCUCAUCGAGCGCAGGCGGCAGGAGGAGUUCGACGCGUCGAGGCACUACCAGGCCAAGGUGGUGUUCGGGCCGAUCAACCCCUCGCCGUACGACAACAGCGAGGAGGCGCAGAAGAUACGCGCGGAGCGAGCCAAGGGGUACGCCAAGCAUUGA